AUGGAUUACAAACCAAAAACAGAAAUUUUCAAUGGUUUAAACAAAUGCAAUCAUAAAUUUUGCACUGAUUGUAUAAUCAAAUACGUGGCGUCGAAGAUUAGGGAAAAUUAUGAAAUAGUGAAAUGCCCUGAUCCUAAAUGCAAUCAAGCAAUAGAACCAGAAAAUUGCAGUGCAAUUUUACCUAAAGAAGUGUUUGUAAGGUGGGAAAAUGUUUUAUUUGAAGCAAUGAUCCCUGGGGGUCAGAAAUUUUACUGUCCAUAUAAAAAUUGCUCUGUUUUAAUGGUGGAUGAUGGUGGGGUGGAGGUGAGGGAAUCGGAGUGUCCGAGCUGCCGGAGAUUGUUUUGUGCACGGUGUCAAGUGCCGUGGCACGACGGCGUAAGCUGCGAAGAGUUUCUUGAGCUAGGGAAAGAUGAGAGGGAGAAGGAGGAUAUAAUGGUGAUGAAGCUUGCUAAGGAUAAGUCAUGGAGGAGAUGCCCUAAUUGUAAGAUUUUUGUUGAGAAAACUGAGGGUUGUCUUCAUAUGACUUGCAGGUUAGUUUUCUAA